AUGGUUCAGACCGGCACAGUGGCGACGAUAUCCGUCGCAACGGUAGCAACAGGGCUCCUAGCCUACGCAGUCUACUUCGACCGUGAACGACGCGCCGACCCCAACUUCCGACGGAACCUGCGGCGGGAGGAGCGGCGACAGCAGCGCGUGGAGAAGGAGGAGGCCGUGGCGCACAUCAAGCAGAAGCGCAAGGACAUCCAGCGCGCCGUCGACGCCGCCACCGAGGAGGGAUACCCCACGGGCGUCAACGAGAAGGAGGCCUACUUCAUGGAGUACGUCCAGAAGGGCGAGUCCGCAUGGUGUAUGGUCAGAGAAGCCAUACAGCCAUGCGAUCAAACGAUGAGCAGCGGGACAUGGAAGCAGAAGGAACACGGACAAGGGCUAACCCGCAUCAUCACACCAGCAUCGACAACCCUAGAAGCCGCGCUGGCGUUCUACAAGGCGCUCAAGGUCUACCCGACCCCUGGAGACCUGAUUUCGAUCUACGAUAAGACCGUGGAUAAGCGUGUACUAGAUGUGUUGGCCGAGAUGAUCGCCUACGACAAGAACCUCCACCUCGACGGUCAGAUGCCCGCCGGAAUUAACAUCUCCGACCUACCUCAGACCAGCCUGGACUAA